AUGAGAUUACAUAUUAUACUAUUUUUCUGUAUACAAUUAUUAAAAUUGACAGAUGCAGCAGUGAUAGCUAAUGUAGAGAACAAAGAACUACCUGUAAUUGAGAUUGUUGGUAGUAAAUUUUUUGAUUCCUCCAAUGGCGAACAGUUUUAUAUGAAAGGUAUUGCCUAUCAGCCGAGCAGGUCGAUUGAAAUGUUAGAGUCGGCGGUAGAUACUUUUGAAACAAAGUACAUCGAUCCUUUAGCAGACCCCAUCAUUUGUUUGAGAGAUAUUCCUUAUUUAAAGAAAUUAAAUAUUAAUACUAUUCGAGUUUAUACAAUCGACCCUACUCAGUCUCACGAUGUUUGUAUGCAGGCAUUAUCAAAUGAAGGCAUAUACGUAUUAUUGGAUCUAGCUGAGCCUGAUGUCUCAAUUAACAGAGACACUCCAACCUGGGAUGUCAAUAUUUGGAAAAGAUAUUGCGAUGUAAUUGAUUCUAUGCAUCAGUAUUCAAAUUUAUUAGGAUUUUUUGCCGGUAAUGAGGUCACUAAUGAUAUAACAAACACCGACGCUUCACCUUUUGUAAAGGCAGCAAUUAGAGAUGUCAAGAAAUAUAUUCAAGCAAAGGGAUAUAGAAGUAUUCCUGUAGGUUAUUCUUCUAAUGAUGAUGCUGAUACAAGAGAUAAUCUUGCUGAAUAUUUUGCUUGUGGUGAAUAUGCUGCUGACUUUUAUGGUAUAAACAUGUAUGAAUGGUGCGGAUAUUCUUCAUAUGGAACAAGUGGUUAUAAAGAACGUACUAAAGAGUUUGAAGGUUAUCCAAUUCCUGUAUUUUUCUCAGAAUUUGGUUGUAAUCUAAUCAGACCUCGUCCUUUCACCGAAGUAUCAGCCUUAUUUGGCGCUAAAAUGUCCUCCGUUUGGUCUGGAGGGCUGGCAUAUAUGUAUUUUGAAGAAGAAAAUGAAUAUGGGAUAGUAAAAGUUGAUGAAGAAUUAGGUGUCACAGAACUUGAAGAUUUUAAGUACUUACAAAAGGAAUUUGGUAUGGCCUCACCAAAGGGUGUCAAAAAAGAAGAUUACAUCAAUUCUAACGCCUUUAAGAAAUUACAACAAUUGGAAACUUGCCCUCAACCACAGUAUAUGAUGAACUGGCAUGCUACAAAUAAUAUCCCACCUGCUCCAGAUGUCAAAAAAUGUUCUUGUUUGGAAAAUGUCUUACCUUGUUUAGUCUUGCCAUUUGAAAAUGCUGAGAAAGAAAAGGAAUACUUCAAUUAUGUAUGUGGGCAAGUUGAUUGUUCCGAUAUCAAAGCAAAUGGUGAAUAUGGCGAAUAUGGUGAAUUUUCUUCGUGCUCUUCUAAUCAAAAAUUGGCAUUACAAAUUAGUAAAUUAUACAAUAAAUUGGGUAAAAAUGUCAAUGAAUGUCCAAUUAGUGAUCGUAAUGUAUAUUUUAAUAUUAAAAGCCAAAGGAAAUCUUUACAAACAGGAAAAUGUUCAGAUGUUACCUUACAAACGAUUAAAAAUGCAAUCAUUACUAAACCUAAAAAUAUUGUUCAGGAACCAGUUAAAGAAGAAGCCACUAAAGAAACUCCUUACAGACGCACAUCAGGUGCGGAUAAUAACAGUUUAACAUACUCAGGAUGCUUAUUAUUAGUUUUUAGUAUUUUCGUAAUGACUUUGGUAUUAUAA